AAAGGAUGCCUGUCAUUUCAAAUACAUAUAAAAUACCCUUUCUGACUAAGAUGAGAUGAUUUAUCAAAGGCUGCAACAAAAUAUCUGGUAGGUUAGUUUUGGUUUAAGUUCGUAUGCAAUGUUUUCAAACCAGAACCCACCCACAGCUCUGGGGAAAACGUUUUUCAUGAGCGUUCUGUGAAUAUGGCUGUCCAAACAGAUGCUGAGCUCUGAGGGUGAAAUCGCCUCCUUAAUCACACGGGCAGCAUCUGAUCCACUCGCAUAAGAAUUGAAAAUGAGUAAAGCGGCAGGUCUGCGGGCGUCAGCUCAUGAGACAUGGCGUCCUGCAGUGACUUGGCUGCCCGUGACUGUUUCGAGCUGACCGUCAAGAUGACAGUCUAUCGCAGGAUCACACAACCAUCUGUGUUUUGGACACAGAGCGAAAAGGCCAGCUGUCCAGAACCGUUGACAUUUCCAAGGGCGCAGCUUUCACCUGCAGGCGCUGAAAAGCGGCCCUUCACAUUCCCCGCAGCAUUGUCUGCGGCUGCAGCAGCUGCUGACCUCCCAAAGAACCAGGAUGUCUGCUUCCCUUAUUGACGAAAGCCCACGUUUGAGAAAGAAAAGGAGAAUGAGGCCCGGCUGAGUGACGCUGAAACAAUGUGAGUGGAGGAGUUUGGGAACAGGCUGGCCCCGGGUCAGCAUGUCUGCCAGCUCAUUUUUAUUCCCAUCUUGGUCUUGUGCUCACUCCCCCUCAUGUUUGUUAGCAUUCAUCGCUCUAAUAGAUAGGGAGUGUGUGGAUGUAAGCAGUUCAGCCGUGGACUCUCCGGAUCUCAUUUACAAUGCGAUAAUCUGCCUCAGUGUUUUCAGCUCGACUUUGCUGCUCUUACCUAGAGCUGGAUUUUCUUUUCUCUAAGGACUCUGGCAGAAUUCCUGACCCACUUAAAUGUAGAGUGAGAACAGGAAGCAGAAGAGGAACAAGUUGCUAAUGAAGCUAAGAGGAACUUCUGGCUCCACCUCUGUUUGUGUUUCUUGUUCUCUGCUCGUUCUCCACGCUGCCCUCCUGUUCAAGAGCGGUCCCUCUGGCUCAGACCAAUGGACUAUAGCAGAGGCGUCGCUACACAAAAGACGCCACUUUUCCUGAUUUGAUUAGGUCCGACCAAUUAGGAUAGAUGGUGGUGCCGUCAGUCCCUGAGCAGAAACAGGAAGGGCAUUUCUUAUCAACUACGUUCCUGUGCAAUCCUUUGCUUCUCCGCUCUCCAGGAUCUGUGUAAUGAGAGCGCAGGUCAUGGACAGAUGAUGGACGUGGAGACGUCGUACUCAGACUUCAUCAACUGUGAUCGCACAGGCCGCAGGAAUGCCGUGCCCGACAUCUCAGGAGAGGACAAAGCCGUGGGCAGCACAAGCGAGCUCUCCAAAGACAUGGCGGAGAUGGAUCUGAAGGCCGGAGAAGGAAACCCAGGACCCUCUCCAGCCCCCCCGACAGAAGGCUCCAUCAGCCAAGAGACGCAGGGAGGGGGAGGCCCAUCCUAAGAUCCCCUGCACUCCGAAGGGGGCGGCAGCAAAAUGUGGAGAAGAAGCAGGAGAAAGGGAGAAGAUGGGAAUGAAAAGGGGGUGUUUAAGUUGUCCUGAAUGGACACGGGGUUGCAGGCUCACUGCCGGCCCGUUUGAAGCCUCAGCCGCUCUGAGCGCCGCCUUUUUCUCUUCAUAGGACAAAAAAAAACCCAUCACAGGGAUCCUACAGACAUUUAAAACGAUGCAGUUUGGCUUUACUCCCUGUUGGCCAUUCAUAGGAGGUCCAGAGACUUUGGCUCAGUGACUGUGGAGGUGGACUGAGUUGGGUGGUUUGUGCGGCGGCCUGCUGCGUGUCAUGAUCAUCUGUUUGUAGUUUUUCUUUCGCCGUGUGUUUGUGACUGCUGCAGUGUCUUUGCCACAUGGUUUCUUUUAGUAGUAACCAACAGUGUCUCGGUUCACCGUCGUGUACAGUCUUCAUAUUUAUUGCUAAAUGUUCCGUGAUAACUUUGUGAUAGACUUUCCCUUUGUGUAAUAAAAUACCUAUGAGUUACUGUCAAGCGUGUGUUGUCUUCUGAGAUGCAUCCAGCCUUUAGCUGCAGAAGAGGAAGCCCCAGCUAACCAGAACUAAUGAGAACCACAAAUAUGUGCGGGAAUAAAUGCACCUAAGGAUGCUUGCAGGGAGUUUUGUGUUUACAUUUCCAACUCUUGUGGCCCCUGCGCUCCCAUUUAUCUUUUUUUUUCUACGAUAAAGCAACAGCUGUUUGUCUGCAGAGCUGUGCAGAUUGUGCAAUAAGCUGUCGGAGCAUCUGCCAAACUUGAUAAAAACAAAACUCGGUAGUUAUUAAAAGAAGUGACACGGCAACUUUGAACAGCUUUUAUUUCGGUAGGAUAUGCCCUUCAAAAGUGCUAUAAAUGUAUUAAUAAAAGUGCUUUUCAUUUUAUGAACUGUAAAGUUUUGAAUAAAUAUGUACAUGAAAA